AUGAUUGAUGUUUGGGGUGGUUGCACACAGUCCUCGAAGAUUGCCAGUUCUCUGAUUGGAUUUGCCUCUCCAAUCACGGAUUCGACCAGUCGACAACAACUGUGGACCAAUGAGUCACCCUUUCAUGCCAGUGCUGUUGCGGCCACGAAUCUUUGGGAAGAUGAUUAUCCCGGGGACGAGGAAAUGUUUGACGAGGAUGAAAAAACGGUGGGCGGCUUUGAUGAUGAAGGUCGUGUAGAAGUAGUGAAUGAAGUUUUCAACGUGGCGUCAGGUUCCGUUGGUGUUGGUGGUGAUUUGGUCGAGCCACAACCGCCUCCUUCACCCGUCCAGAAACAUCAGCAUCAAAAACAACCACAGAAUCGGUCUGUCAAACCGAUCGUUCAAAUGCAAACUAGUUAG